AUGCAUCCUGCUCCAGGCAUGGCUCGUACAUUUGUAGUACUUGGUGACGUCGAAGUAGUCGUCGUCCACCUCCAUCAGUAUGUCGCUCAAUUGGCCAUCGACAGCCAAGACAUGAUUCAGGUCAAGUGCCUCGUUGUCGUCUUCGCCGCGUGGCCAUGCAAAGGUUACGGGCACACAGAACGGGCGUCAAGUGCUCGUGAAGUUUCCUCGAACCAACACUUGCUCCCAUGUGCCGGCAUUUCGCGACUCACCGACCUUAUCUUGGACCCGUUGGAAGCGGCCGCGUUUUUGAACACGCCGAUCGUGUGCCAGGAAAAGGUCGACGGCCGGACUCCGGACUUUCAAGUCGUCGCUCAGAAUCGAUCGCACUUUGAUGAUGAUGAUGAUGAUCGUGUUACGUAG